AUGAGCGGUCUACGGAUAUUGGUACCCGUCAAGCGGGUCAUUGACUAUGCGAUCAAGCCCCGCAUCAACAAGGCCCAGACCGGCGUCGAAACAGCCGGUGUCAAGCACUCUCUGAACCCAUUCGACGAGCUCUCAAUCGAAGAGGCCGUUCGCCUGCGCGAGCGCAAGGGCCCCAUCAAGGUCGAAGACAUCCUCGCGCUGUCCGCCGGCGGACCCAAGACCCCCGAUGUCCUGCGCACAGCUAUGGCCAUGGGCGCUGACCGCGCAUUCCACAUCGACGUACCGGAGAAGGGCGACGGCGGCCCGGAGCCGCUGACCAUUGCUAAGAUGCUGCGUGCCGUUGUCGAGAAGGAGAAUGUCAACCUCGUGCUGCUGGGCAAGCAGGCUAUUGACGGUGACCAGGGUCAGACUGGCCAGAUGCUUGCUGGUUUGCUUGGAUGGCCCCAGGCUACUCAGGCUAGCAAGGUCGAGGUUAAGGAUGAUGCUGGCACUGUUGAGAUUACCCAUGAGGUUGAUGGCGGUGUUGAGACGCUCCGUGCGAAGCUGCCCAUGGUUAUUACCACGGAUCUGCGGUUGAAUGAGCCUCGUUACGCUAGUCUGCCUAACAUCAUGAAGGCUAAGAAGAAACCACUUGAGAAGAAGACGCUGGCUGAUCUUGGUGUUGAGGAUACGCGGCGGUUGAAGACUCUUCGGGUUACCGAGCCCCCACCACGAAAGGGUGGUGGCAAGGUCGAGGAUGUCGACGGCCUUGUCUCCAAGCUGAAGGAGCUCGGUGCUCUCUAA